AUGAAAAUAACACCAGUCCUCGCUCUAGCGGUGGCAGCUGUCUCGAGCGUCGAGGCAUACUACAAAGGCUUCAACAUUGGCGCCAACCUUGCGUCCGGAGCUUGUCGAAGUGAGGCCGAUUGGGAGUUUGCUUUCCAGAAAAUCGCUAGCUUCCCCGGAAACUUCAAGGAUGUUAGACUAUAUGCCUCAAGCGAUUGUAAUACUCUGGCAAACGCAGUGCCGGCUGCCACUCGGACUGGGACGAAUCUCCUAGUUGGCGUCUGGACCGAGGAUGAUGCUCAUUUCGAGGCAGAAAAGCAAGCUCUGCUGCAAGCAAUCCAACAAUACGGCUCGGAUUGGAUCCUGGCUGUCUCGGUCGGAUCAGAGGAUCUGUAUCGUAAAGAUACAGAUGCCGCGACACUCGCCGCAAAGAUCAAUGACGUACGAGGCAUGUUAUGGGGCUUGGGAGCAUCUGGAAAAUCGGUCGGACAUGUUGAUACCUGGACUGCUUGGGUUGAUCCUGCGAACACGGCCGUAAUCGACGCGGUUGACUGGCUUGGUAACGAUGCGUAUCCGUACUGGGAAGGGGUCAGCAUUGACAAUGGGGCUUCAAGCGACGCCUACUGGACUGCCGUCGACAAAGUCCGUGCUGUGUCUAAGGGAAAAGAGGUCUGGACAACUGAGACUGGACAGCCUAUCACUGGAGACGCAGUCGGCAACUCAGUACCAUCGAUCGACAGUCUUCAAACCUUUUGGUGGCAAGUAUCGUGCUCCAGCUUCAACAGCUUGAAUUACUUCUUCUACGACCUUGAUGAUUUCACGGCCUCCCCCAGCUUUGCGGUUGUUGAUCACGCCUACAAUCCCUUGAUCAAUUUUUCCUGUGCUUAA